UGCCAGCCCUAUCUUGCAGGGGCUUUGCUUAGCUUCUCUAAAAAUUUCAUCUUUUAUAUCAAAUCAAUACAUCACUCUUAAUCGCGUUGAAUUUUAGCUAAUUUACAAGCAAUUUCUUUGCCGUUUUUUUUUCCAACUGAAGAUGAGGAGAGAGUACAAAUGGGUGCCUAGGUUUGAUUUGGUCAGAAAGGAAUUUGAUAUUCCGAGAGAUGUUAGCGUCAGAGUUUGGCCGGAAGGGCAGGACUUAAGAUCUGGAGAGGGUCUAAAAGAAGGGGAAAUUGUAUUUUCAUGCAAACACUUUUCUGCAAUUAGAUUUCCUCUUCAUCCUCUCAUUCAUAAUUUCUUUUACAGACUUAAUCUUACUCCUAUGCAGCUUAAUCCCAACUCCCUCAGAAUCCUUUCUACUACGCUUGUUUUGAACAUUGUUAAUGGUUGGAACUUGAGUUUAGACGAUAUUUUCUACUGUUAUAAUUUGGUUAAUAUCAGGGAAGAGCAAGAUUAUUAUUACCUGUGUCCCCACCAAGGUCGUGCUUUUGUUUCAGGAAAGCCCCAGUCUGAAAAACGUUGGAAAGAGCAACCUGUAAUUGUGGGCGGUAACUGGGCGGCUCCAGAGCUACAUUUUCAGCCUCUACGAAAGAGCUUUGGAAAAGCAUUCCGUCCGGGUUGUUUCACAAAGUUGGAUGAAGAGAGGAUCCAGUUCUUACAACAAACGGUACUCAAAGGGGUCCAUGAUUCCAACGCUUUACUGAAAAGUGAUCAUCUUUUACAAGUGUCUCGCAAUCGUACUGGUUGGGAGGGAUUAUUUUGUCAUACUCCAGCUCCUCAAAGGAAGUUUGUGGCUGUAGUUUCUAGUGCGUCCAAGGAAUCUUCUUCAGAUACUUGUUCUGCACCGAGUUUAUCAGAGGCCAGGGAAGAAGAAAACCAAGUGGAACAAUCAUCGAAGUAUACAAUGAGAAAAUUACCUACUGCACCUCUGCCAUGUAUGAAGAAGAGCCAUGCUGGAAGUAUAUUCACUCCAAAAAGUGACCCGGGAGUUGAGCCUCCGAGGGAAAUUUCGAGUCAAAAGAGGUCAGCUGAAGCGUCUCCCAGCAGGAAAUCUGAUUAUUUUGAGUCAAAGAAACAGAAGAUGCCUGAGGUCUCGGCGGCAACUGGUAGCAGAUAUGAUGAUGAACCUGAGCCUGAGGUGCCUGGUGAACAUAAGGGUAAAACUAAGCAAUUAUUGGAGGAUGAAAUGGUGGAUGUGAUGAUUAAAGAGGAUAGGGAACCGUACUUAAAGAAUGCUGAUGGGAAAAAGGACUUGAAGGCGGAGACGGUUGAAGAAGAUUUGAAAGCUUGCAGGGCUUUUGCUAGAGGAAUUUGGGCACUGGCUGAUGAAAUAAAGUUGUUGAAUCAUUCAGCAUCUUGUUUCUCCUCCGAGGCUCCUGUUAAAAUUAUGCAGGGACUCCUUUCUACUAUUGGCCUUUGUAAGAAGUUGGACGCUUAUGAAAUGAAGAUUAAGAAGCUUGAAUCUGAUUUGGCUGUGGCUAAGGCUGAAAAUGAAGAAGCCUACAGAGAAAAAUAUGAAGCUGAGAUGAAAUAUUCUCGGUUGCAUAAUGAGGUUGAAGAGAUUAAUAGGAAAAAGGUGGCACAGACUCUGAAUUUUCAAAAGAGAAUCAAACAUCUGGAGAAAGAGAAAGACUGUUUGUUGAAGGAGCAAGAGAAGAUUUAUGAGAGCUUCUCCAAGCAAGUUAUGGAGGAGUCAGCUAAAUCGUUCAGAUGCGGAUGGUUGGAGGCACUGAAAGAUGAUGAUGCAAACAGGAAAUAUACAAGUCCUGAUGCUUUUGACAUGGCUUGCGGUCUGAGUUUGGGCCAAUACCUGCAAGAUGAUGAUUAAAAAAUCAUUAGAUUCUAAAUUGUAGAGGAAGUUUGUUCUUCCAAAUCAGGCUUCAAUGCCAGUGCUGUAUAUCCUUUUGGACUUUUUGGUUUCGCUAUUCCUCCUCUACACAAGACCAACAGUCUCUGGCAUUCGAGGGUUUCUUUUGGUUAAAAGCUGCUAUAUGUAUGAUAAACAAGCCGACUGCAAGUAAGGAGAAAACUGCACAAGAAAUUUUAUAAAAUUAAAAAAUAGUGAAAAAAAAAAAACAUUAGCAAGUUGAUUACA